GGUUGAGGACAGUGAGGACGGUGAGGAGGGUCGUACUGAAAGGGGGCGAAUUUAAACAUCUCCGAUUAAAAAAAUGAGACAUGCCGGCCCCGCCUUUGCCUCGCCCUGAGGAUGUAGGUUCGGGUUGGUGUAUUUAAAGCCGGGGGAGAGCUGCCGUGAGCCACUUCUUUGAAGACCUCCGUGUUUUCAUCACUUUCUUAAAGGGACCGCAGCGGACUCUUCCAAGGCAUCAUGGCGUCGUCCUCCUCCUCCACCUCCUCCUCCACCGGCAGGACGCCCCUCGCCCGGGCUCUGUCGCAGCCCUGCAGGAGGAGGCAGCUGUCCAGCUGCGCCUCCUCGGGGGCCCUGGACCAGGUGUCGUCCCCCUCCGUCCCCGAGGUCCGGGUCCUGGCCAUCAACACCGGGGGGACCAUCGGCAUGACGCCGGACAGCCAGAACGUUCUGGCGCCCAAAGCCAACGCUCUGGUGAAGAGGCUGCAGAAGCUCCCCAUGCUGCACGACGAGGUGUACGCCGAGAAGACCGGCCUCUACGAGCGCUACGGGGACAAGACCCUGGUGCUCCCGAAAAGCAAAUGCAAUAAGAGGGUCAUCUACUCCGUCCAGGACUACAGCCCUCUGCUGGACUCGUCCAACAUGACCCCCGAAGACUGGGCCCGCAUUGGCAAGGACAUCGAGAAAAACUACGAGGACUACGAGGGGUUCGUGAUCCUCCACGGCACCGACACCAUGGCGUACACGGCGUCCGCCCUGUCCUUCAUGUGCGAGAAUCUGGGCAAGCCCAUCGUGCUCACCGGCUCCCAGGUGCCGAUCUACGAGCUGAGGAACGACGGCAGAGACAACCUGCUGGGCGCCCUGCUGAUCGCCGGGCAGUUUGGCGUUCCCGAGGUCUGCCUGUACUUCUACAACAAGCUGUACCGAGGGAACCGCACCACCAAGUUCGACUCCGGCAGCUUCGAUGCCUUCUCCUCGCCGAACCUGGCUCCGCUGGCCACGUCCGAAGCGGACGUUACAAUCAACUGGGACAUCGUGUGGAGGGACACCUCCAUGGACAAGUUCCGCGUCAGCACCGAGAUGAACCGGAACGUGGGCCUGCUGCGGCUGUUCCCGGGAAUCACCGCCGCCACCGUGAAGGCCUUCCUGCAGGAGCCCAUGGAGGGGGUGGUCCUGGAGACCUUCGGCAGCGGGAACGCCCCCGACAACCAGCCCGACCUGCUGGUGGAGCUGAAGGCGGCCACGGACAGAGGCGUCAUCAUCGUCAACUGCACGCAGUGUCUGCGAGGCACCGUGUCCAUGUCCUACGCCACCGGGAAGGUGCUGAUGGACGCCGGCCUGAUCUCUGGAGGCGACAUGACUCCGGAGGCCUCCCUGUCCAAACUGUCCUACGUGCUGGCGAAGACGGGCUUGGACCGGGACGCCCAGAAGAAGAUGAUGGUCGAGAACCUGCGAGGUGAGAAGGUCACCGACCUGGGCGGAGUCAAACUGCAGCUGCGCGACAGCCACUUCAUCCAGACCGUCGCCAAGGCUCUGAACACCAGCGAGAACGAGGACCUGAAGGCCAUCCGGGAAGCGCUGAGCCCGCUGCUGUCCUGCGCCGCCGCCAAGAACGGGGACGUCGAGGCCCUGCAAGCCCUGAAAGACAUGGGCAGCAACCUGUGUAUGGGGGAUUACGACGGCCGCACGCCGCUGCACGUGGCGGCCAGCGAGGGCCACCGCCAGGCGGUGGAGUACCUCCUGCGCAACGGAGCCUCCGUCCACGCCAGGGACCGCUACGGCGACGGGCCCCUCUCCAACGCCGUGCGCUUCAGACACAAAGACGUGGUGACGCUCCUGAGGAACGUGGGAGCCUGCCUGUCCCCGGACGAGCUGCAGGAAGCAGGAACCGAGCUGUGCAGCCUGGCGGUCAGCGGCGACCUGCACGGCCUGGAGGCGUGGAGCCUGGCCGGCGCAGACCUGAACCGACCCGGCUACAGCGGCCAGACGGCGCUCCAGCUGGCCAGAGAGCUGGGUCAGCAGAAGGUGGUGGAGUUCAUCGAGUAGCUCAAGAAAAACCCCACCCAGCGUGAGCAGUGAUCGUCCGGUUCAUCCUGUCACCACUGGUCGCUCCGUGGCAGGACGGACGCAUCGCGGCGGAGCCCGACUCGCCUCCAGCUCGCCGCUCGAACCUUCGCCUUCCUUCUCAACACCUGAUCAAUACUUCACUGUGAUUUUUAACAGCUGUUACCGAACCCCGUGUUUGUGUGUGUGUGUGUGUGUGUGUGUGACGAGAUGUCUGAAUCAGCGUUUGCUCCGUACAGGGUACCUCCACAGAUUGUAUUUUUAUGACUAUUUUUAUAUCGAGACACUGCAGAGGGAGAGUCUAAAUCCUUUUUUUUUUUUUUUUUAAUGCAGAAAAAAACCCCAGCACAGCUCAAAUCCGAAUGUGUCUCCUGGUUUCACUGUAAUAAAAAAAACCCAAAACAAAACCAAGGUCGAUAAAUGGAGGCCUCGUUUGCUCGUCGUACAAGCUUUCACUUCCACCGAAUGUAAACUGGCUCAUUAGAAAUGGCCUCGGCUGCCCAGUACCGGAUCAGCCCACAGCGUCAGGGAUUCUCUGCUCUUCAGCAGAACUCGUAGAAAACGCCGUCUUCACGGCGUCGUGAGGUUUUGUGAACCUCGGCCCACUUUGCUCUGAUCCAGCAGGUUUUACCAAAAAAACCCGCAUUUCCCUCCGAGACCCAUCCGUCCUGUUUCCCUCCGGCUGAUCGUCGAGCCGGAAACGCGGCUCGUCUUUCUCUGAGAUGGAAGGGGAAGAGAUUCAGAGCAGUGAUAAAGAUAAAGGCCUCCCUCCAUCUGUGUGUUUUCAAUAAAGUCAUUUCAACUGUCCUCACUUUGAUUUAGCAAUGAAUGUUGUUGUUUUGGGUUAAUCUGGUUGAUUCUCCUUUUUUUUUUUUUUU